CAGAGGUGUGGGGAGGCUCCCGGGAGACGAGGUGGCUGCCUUUAAGGUGGGUUUAUUUGCUUGCCAGAUGGGAAGUCUGUGACCAGCCCCUUCGAAACAGGUAAAGGCAGAAAGUCUUCUCCACCCACUUCGCCUUGAUCUUUCAUCAUAACUGUGGGCCAGGCAGGGAGGUUGUGCAAUGUGUGCGCUCCGGUCGGGAGGCUGCGGGAGAGGCUCAUGCACUUCCAGCAGGAGCCAAGGCUUGGAGGCCUGAGCCGGGAGAGCAGGCGAGGACUGGGAGCCGGCCCCCGACCCCGGCCAGCAUGGAGCUGAGGACCUGGAGCCCCGGGAUCAAGCUCUCCCUCAGGCUCCUUCUCCUCUUUCUUCCCAACGUGUCAGGGAAAGAAGUGGAUCUACUUGACACAAGCACUGCUCAGGGUGAACUGGGCUGGCUUCCAGACCCUCCAGAAGUAGGGUGGAGUGAAGUCCAGCAGAUGAUAAAUGGUACCCCGGUCUAUAUGUACCAGGACUGCAGUGUGCUUUCCGAGGGUGACACUGAUCACUGGCUUCGCACCAACUGGAUUUACCGGGGUGAGGCAGCUUCCCGCAUAUACGUGGAGCUAAAGUUUACUGUGAGGGACUGCAAGAGCUUCAAAGGUGAAGUGGUGACCUGCAAAGAGACUUUCAAUCUCUAUUACAUGGAGUCUGAACAAGAUGUCGGGAUCCAGUUCCGCCGUCCGCUGUUCAUCAAGCUCAACACUGUGGCAGCAGACCGAAGUUUCACAAGCAGAGACAUCGAAUCAGGUGCUAUGCAGCUGAACACAGAAGUGUGCCCCAUUGGGAAGCUGUCUCGACGGGGCUUCUACUUGGCUUUCCAGAACUCUGGGGCUUGCGUAGCCAUGGUGUCUGUCCGAGUGUACUACAAGACUUGCCCAGAGGCAGUGCGAGGCCUGGCCCAUUUUCCAGAGACACUAGCAGGUUCAGAGGGGCUGACAGAAGUGCCCGGGGUCUGUGUGGAGUAUGCAACUGAAGAAGUGGGCUCUCCCCCAAGGAUGCACUGCAGCACGGAUGGGGAGUGGCUGGUACCGAUGGGCCGCUGCCUUUGUGCUCUGGGGUUUGAGGAAAGCGAUGGGAGCUGCGUAGCCUGCCAGCGAGGGUUUUACCGUCACUCCCUGGAGACUAAACGUUGCCUGAAGUGUCCCCCCAACAGCUUCUCCAAUGACUCAGGGGCUGUGUCUUGUUCCUGCAAUGCAGGUUUCUACCGUGCACCUUCAGAGGGCCAGAACAUUGCUUGUACCCGCCCCCCCUCAGCUCCCCGCAAUGUCAGCUUCUCCCUUACUGGCACACAGCUGAGCCUGUGGUGGCAGCCACCCAGUGACCACGGAGGGCGGAAGGACCUGACUUACACAGUCUUCUGUCAGCGCUGCCACUUCCUGUCGUGUGAGCCGUGUGAGGCUGGUGUGGUGUUCUCCCCUGGUGCCUCUGCUCUCACUAAACCUGCUGUGGAUGUGGACGGCCUGGAAGCUUACACCAACUACACCUUUGCUGUGGAAGCCCGUAACGGUGUCUCAGGAAUGGGACCUGCUCCACAGAGAACUGCACCAGCUGUCUGGGUCUCGGUUGGACAUGCAGCUCCAGUGACAGUAUCCCAGUUUAUCCUGACACAAAGAGAUGACAGUAGUCUUUCUGUUUCUUGGCUUGCCCCACGACAUGGCAGCCGGGCCUCAGUGGAGUAUGAGGUCAUGUUCUUUGAGAAGGGAGAGGAGGCACGUUACACAGUGAAGCACCUUCUUGAGCCAAAUGUCACACUGACAGACCUGCAGCCAGACACAGCCUACCUGCUUCGUGUGAGAUCCAUCACACCCCUUGGGCCUGGACCUUACUCCCCAGAGCAGGAAUUCCGCACCCUUCCACCAGGCACAGGAGCUCUGUCUGGUGGAGUCAUAGUCUCUAUUAUCUUUGGAGUUCUACUAUUUUUUGGGCUGCUUGUAGGACUUUAUGUCUUUCGGCAAAAGCGUGCUCGUCGGAGACAUGCACGGCCAGAUUACAAUACUUCAGGCUUUGAUCGAGAGAAGGUCUGGUUGAAGCCCUAUGUAGACCUGCAACCAUAUGAUGACCCCAGCAGAGGGGUGCUGGAAUUCACUAAGGAACUGGAUGUCACUUGUGUCACUAUGGAGAACGUGAUAGGAGAGGGGGAGUUUGGGGAGGUCUAUCGUGGGUCCCUGCGGCUCCCAGGAAAAGAACGCAUCGUGGUUGCUAUCAAGACCCUGAAGUCAACAUAUUCAGACUCACAGUGGUGGAACUUUUUGCGUGAAGCAACAAUUAUGGGGCAAUUCAAUCACCCGAACAUUGUGCGUCUGGAAGGAGUUGUCACCAAAAGGAGGCCAAUGAUGAUCAUCACUGAGUACAUGGAGAACGGAGCUCUGGAUACCUUCCUUCGGGAGAAUGAGGAAAAAUUUAGCUCUGUGCAGCUUGUGAGCAUGCUGCAGGGAAUAGCCUCUGGCAUGACCUACCUUUCAGAACACAACUACGUGCACCGGGAUCUGGCUGCUCGCAACAUCCUGGUGACACGGAGCCUGCAGUGCAAGGUGUCUGACUUUGGUCUCUCUCGAAUAUUAGAGAAUGAUGCAGAGGGAACUUACGAAACCAAGGGUGGUAAGAUUCCCAUCCGAUGGACAGCCCCAGAAGCCAUUGCUCAUCGGAUUUUCACCUCAGCCAGUGAUGUCUGGAGCUUUGGAAUUGUCAUGUGGGAGGUGCUGUCAUUUGGUGACAAGCCGUAUGGGAACAUGACCAAUCAAGAGGUGAUGAAAAGCUUAGAGGACGGGUACCGGCUCCCCCCACCCGUGGACUGCCCAUCCAUCCUCUAUGAGCUCAUGAAGAGCUGCUGGUCCCACGACCGUAUGAGGAGGCCUCAUUUUCAGGAGAUCCGGGCACAGCUACAACAUUUCAUCUCCAGUCCCCAGCUCCUCCGGCCUGUCGCAGACUUUGAUCCCAGGGUGACGCUGCGGCUCCCCAGCUGCAGUGGGUCUGAUGGGAUCCCUUACCGCUCCAUCCCCGAGUGGCUGGAAUCCAUUCGCAUGAAGCGCUACAUCUCCAACUUCCGCACUGCUGGCCUGGACACCAUGGAGUCCAUCCUAGAGCUCACUGCUGAGGACUUGAAACAAAUGGGAGUGUCACUUCCAGGCCACCAGAAGAGGAUCUUGUGUAGCAUUCAAGGCUUUAAGGAGUGAUCAGUCAUUGCACUCUUAAGAUUGCUAAGUAGCCAUUCUUACCAGGUAUCACUUGGAAUCAUUCCUAUGGUAAUUGCUUCCAAAUGAGUGACUGGGACGAGCAAACAGACAACAACCAGAACUGAAAAGGCUCAUGAGGCAACACCACCUGCUCUCAUUUCUGUUUCCCCUUUCUUUAGCUCUACAGCAGCCAUCAGUAACACUGGUCUUGGAAAGUGUUUUCAGCCCUGUCCUCUGUAGUCCGUUCUGUGCAGCAUCAACUGAUCCCUGUAGUCCAUAUACUGGAGUUUCAGACUCUCAGAAUAUGACAUGGAAACAUAAGGAGACAUACCCAGUGGGUUGGGAGCAGUGGAUGUUUUAGGAUUGGAGGUGAGGGUUCAGAUAUACUGGGACAUUCAGGGAACAUGCACGAGGACACAGACAGCUAGAGACUGGGCCCAUUCCCUUCCUGACAUGCAUCCCUUGUGACACUUCAGUAGGCUUCUGUUUUCCUUCUUUUAAAACAGGAACAAACUAUUCAGUCUUUCACAAGGCUGUUGGUAAGGGAUCUAUGUUUUAAUUCAGCUGUUCUUGCCUUAACCACCAACUCAGGGUGGACUUCUCUGAAGAGGCUGGGAGUAGCAGCACACCCUGCUAUGACUUGUGUGAUCACAGAACCUCAGCAUGUUGCCAUUUUGCGCAUGCACACUUCAGCGGGGAGAUUUAGAUCUCUCCAGCCUGCUUCAUACCUUUACUUGUGCCUUGGACAGAAAACUCCCUAGCUACCUAUUUUCCUCUGCCCCUUUUUUAAAGAGAGAAUAGUCUUUUUUGUUUGGAUAGGGUAUUUGUAACAGAAAAAUGUGUAGGUGGUCUGUCUUAGUCCUUCUCUGUGGAGGAAAUGUUAUUUAUCAGAGCUCAAGACAGUUAUAGACUGUAAAUAAUAUUUUGUAAAUAAACCUGUGGGAGAGCAGGCUA